AGCUUAUCACACUCAGAGCAGUGCACAGAGACAGUCGGAGUAACAGCACUCACUCUCUCACUCCUAUCAGACGCAUUCUGUCCGAGCAAAGCCCGAGCUGCCUCAAGCAUGGUCUCUAUAAUCUCAGACCUGGACCCUCUCAAGAGCUGGAACGUGUUAAGGCAGGACGCCAGUGAUCUAUCUGGAACUAUACAGAGUAACGGUACAGCUGGGAAGAUGAAUGGCGCCCUGGAACACUCGGACCAGCCCGAUCCGGACGCCAUUAAAAUGUUUGUUGGCCAGAUUCCCCGCUCCUGGUCCGAGAAAGAGUUAAAGGAACUGUUCGAGCCGUACGGAGCCGUCUACCAGAUCAACAUACUGCGAGAUCGUAGUCAGAACCCACCACAGAGCAAAGGGUGCUGUUUUGUCACAUUCUACACACGGAAAGCUGCCUUGGAGGCCCAGAAUGCACUGCACAACAUAAAGACCUUAACUGGGAUGCACCACCCCAUACAGAUGAAGCCCGCAGACAGUGAGAAAUCAAAUGCGGUGGAGGACAGAAAGCUAUUCAUUGGCAUGGUGUCGAAGAAAUGCAACGAGAACGACAUUCGAGUCAUGUUCUCUCCAUUCGGACAGAUUGAGGAAUGCCGCAUUCUUAGGGGACCAGAUGGACUCAGCCGAGGAUGUGCGUUUGUCACGUUUUCAACCAGGGCUAUGGCACAGAAUGCAAUCAAAGCCAUGCAUCAGUCUCAAACCAUGGAGGGCUGCUCCUCUCCCAUGGUGGUGAAGUUUGCCGACACACAGAAGGAUAAGGAACAGCGACGGCUGCAGCAGCAGUUGGCGCAGCAGAUGCAGCAGUUGAACAACGCGUCUGCCUGGGGCAGCCUGACUGGGCUGACUGGCCUCACCCCACAGUAUCUGGCAGUAAGAGGACACACCCACGUAGCCACGCCCACCAGCAGCACAGCCAGCGCAGCCGCCGCAUUGCUCCAACAAGCAACCUCCUCCAGUAAUCUAGGAGCAUUCAGUGGUAUUCAGCAAAUGGCAGGUAUGAAUGCUCUGCAGUUGCAGAAUCUGGCCACUCUAGCCGCAGCAGCGGCUGCAGCACAGAGCUCGGCCAGCCCGUCCACCGCUAGCGCCCUGACCUCCAGCACAGGGUCCCUGGGAGCCCUGGCCAGCCCAGCAGGAUCGACGGCUAACUCGACCGCAGGUGCGAUGGGUUCCUUGGGUUCUCUGGGCACACUGCAGGGUCUGGCCGGGGCCACCGUGGGCCUUAAUAACAUUAAUGCACUAGCAGGUAGCGUCAACAUUGCUCACAUGCUCUCAGGUAUGGCGGCUCUGAACGGCGGGCUGGGCAGCACGGGCCUGAGUAAUGGGUCGGCUGGGCCCAUGGACGCUCUCACCCAGGCCUACUCAGGGAUCCAACAGUACGCGGCCGCCGCCCUGCCCACCCUCUACAGCCAAUCCCUACUGCAGCAACAGAGCGCUGCGGGCAGCCAGAAAGAAGGACCUGAAGGGGCCAACCUGUUUAUCUACCACCUGCCACAGGAGUUUGGGGACCAGGACAUCCUACAGAUGUUCAUGCCUUUUGGAAACGUAGUGUCUGCCAAAGUCUUUAUCGACAAACAGACCAAUCUGAGCAAGUGCUUUGGUUUCGUCAGUUAUGACAAUCCUGUGUCAGCGCAGGCCGCCAUCCAGGCGAUGAACGGGUUUCAGAUCGGCAUGAAGCGCCUCAAAGUUCAGCUCAAGCGCUCGAAGAACGACAGCAAACCAUACUGAUCUUAGCACUAGGGCCUCUCUCAUUUUACACUGCUAGGAACUCAUCUCCAUGACUAUAUGCUCAUCGUUUGCCUAGCAUGUCUACGUGGCGUACAAAAAAGCGUCUCAUCGUCCCGUCAUUGUUUCUGAUGUCUUUCUGAGUUCUCCUGAUCAUAACCUGGUGUCCUUCUACUGAUCUCUGAACUUAGCCUGAUCUUUUUGGAAAUUUUUAGCAUGUGACCUCAUUUUGAGCUUUUUUCCUGUUUUUUUUGUUUUGUUUUGUUUGGAUUAACUAGUGAGGGAGGGAGCGAGGGAGGGAAGGGAGGAAAGACAAAAUAAUAAUAAUAAUAAUAAUAAUAAUAAUAAUAAUAAUGUGAAACCGCUGCAUUCACACUCUAGAGACAGAGUAUAUUUACUAACAUAACAAGAGCAUCAUUUUAAGAAAAAAGAAUAAAAAAAUAAAAAAUACAAAAAAAUACAAAAAAAAUAAAUCCUGUGGCAAAACAAUUAAGAAUAUUUGCAUUUUUUACUUGUCAGAUUAUGUUCUUCUCUCUCUCUCUCUCUCUCUCUCUCUUUAUGUUCUUUUCUUUUUCAUUCAUUUAAAGUAAACUUGAAAGUUCAAUACAGGGAUUGGCGUUGGGAUUUACUGUCAGCAACACUCAUAAAUUGAGGCCGUCUGUAAGAAACCCACGCCAGUUUCUUAAUGAAAUAGACUACUUCCAUGCAGUUUUAAUAUAUAAAUAUAUAUAUAUAUAUAUAUAUAUAUAUAUAUAUAUAUAUAUAUAUAUAUAUAUAUAUAUAAACUGUCUGAUCGAUAUUAGAAUAUCUCAGAGCUUGCUCGUGGUUUUUACAUUUUUCAGGCAGUGUAAAGUUUUUUGAUAAGGCCAUUUUAAGUGGCUUGAUUUCUCAUUAAAGUCUAUAUAAAACCACUUUUUUCUAGAGUAGUAAAGGUAUUAAAAACAAAAAAAGAAGAAGAAAAACACAAGAUUGCCCUGUUUGGGGGGAAAUGCUACCUACGUGUCACACCUUUUGCUGAACUGACUUACAGUUAGACAAUCCGUGGUUUAAAUGCACAUGAAAUGACCUAUAUUUUAUACUGUUUAAAUGUAUAGAGGAAAAAAAAAAACGGAGUUUGUGUAACCCGCGGUCCCGUCGGUGCUUUUCGUGGAUAAAGUCGUGGUUUCAUCAAGUCUAACAGUCUUAUUUGUCUCAUGUUUUUAAAGAGAAGACUAAAAAUCAAUUUACUUGAACAAUAGACAAAGCCUUUCAUAAGUACAAUUACUACUACGUUUUUGUUUUUGUUCGUUUCGUUACUUUUUUCUUUUCUUCUUUUUUUAACUGUUUUUGAUAGGAAUCCCUCUUUGCUAAAUUUCUUGUUGGGUAAUUAGCUAUAUACAAAUUCUUAAAGUUACAGUGUCGGCUUGUGAAGCAUCUAUGUCAUUAUAUUAUUUCAUUUCUAUUGUGGGAAACAAUAUUUAGAUGUGUUAUGUUGUUCAGCAAAAUGUGAUCUUUUUUUUUUUUCUUAUAAAGAAAAACGAGUGGAAUUUAGUGCCAAAUUCUGACGGUACAUCCUGCCUACAGCUUCAGUGUUUUACUUGUGAAAUUAUUUGAUAACAUGGGUAUUUUAUUACGUAAGUGUUUUGUAUGGAACCCUCAUAUUUAAAGAUAUAGAUUUAAAAAAGGUUGUUAACUUGCUCUUCUGUGGUCUUGUUGCCUGAAACUGUUCAUGUUUUUUGCUUUUCUUUCUUAUUUUCCCCUUAUUUGUAAAGAUGUAAAAAGUGCCCAUGUGUCAUUAUCUCUUUUACAAGCACAUACACACAUGCACACACAUUCACAGGUAAGCACAUAAGCACACACAUGCACGCAUACACACACCUGUGCUAAAGGCUGACCUCACAACCCUCUUUUAUUUGAUGGUGUGUGUAUGUGAGCCCCUGAGAUUGAGUCUCAGCAGUUCUCCUUAUACACACAUACAGUUCUCCUUACACACACAUACAUUAAGGGUCACCAUACACCAAUGAAGGCCUAGAUUACGUUACAGUCAGUUACAUUUAAUUAAUUCCCUUCUAAUUUUGUACUUAAGAACCGUAGACCGGACACAAUCUUCUUUGUCUGUAAAAAAAUCCACUUAUGUGUGAUUGGACUAAAUAUAUAUGAAUUGUGAGUCAAGCCUUGAAUUUUUGACCAUCGUGAUGCAAAACAAGGCCUUAUCAUGGGUGAAUGAAGUUUCAUUAAACAACAGCUGUUUGUCUGGCUUUUUGUUGCUUUUAUCAGGAUGCUUUUACUUUCGUAGUACAACUAAAACGGAGUCCUGAUGCCAAAGUAGUUCAUCGUGAUCCACAGUAUUUGAUAGCUCCUGUAGCACUUUGCUGAAAAUGUUUACACACGGUUUAAUGGCCCAUAUACAGUAUAAAUAUUGUUUACAAACGUAGUUUACGGGCAGCCCCAUCAAAGUCGUUUACUUCACUCGAUAGCACUAUUUUAUACCCGAGCUCUGCCGUUGCCUUAACGCGUCGAUCAGUAUUUGUGGGCUGGAAUAUUUUGCAGCACAUAUAAAACGUGUGCCAAGGGUUUGUGUGUGAAUGUGAACAUGUUAAGAUGUGUUUCUGUGCUGUGAUUGGUUGUUCAUUCUCUUUCCAUCCACGUUAAUCUUUCGCCAAAUCUGAAUCUGCCAAACUUUCUGCCAGUUAAAAAAAAAACAAAAAACGACCACAUUAAUAAAACAAGCAGUACAGAUAUCUGCGUAAAUGGUUUGUAAAAAUGUUAACAUUUUACAUAAGAAUGGUAUAACAAGGUUCUUAAGAUGGGCAAUGAGGAGGCAGUCAAUGUAAAACUUUAAUAACAAACUGAACUCAAACAUAACAUAAACUGCAAAACAACAAAUACGCACAUACAGCUUUGUGCGUCUCUCUCUCUCUCAAACUGGCGUCUCUGGCCCCCCAGCUCUCUCCCGCUGAUUAGUCAACUCAGCACCAGGCGUGCGUCAUCACGGACCGGCCACGCCCCCCUCCUUGUCACAAAUGGUUUUACAACCAAUUUUACGUUAUUAUGAGCCUUUUCUUCGCAAAAUUGUUGUUUUGACACAUUGAUUGCAACGAUAUACGUAUGAAUGGUUUAUGAAUAAUUUUGCAGUUUUACGAGCUGUUUACACCAAAAAUUGCUGUUCUUUUACUUUCAAUGCAACGUUGAGCUAUUUAUGCGUGAAAUUGUCACUUGGUCACAUCCAAUUCAACAAUGUAUGUAAGAAUGGUUUUAUCGAUAAUUUAUGCAGAAAUUAAACAAAGGGCCUCAUUUAUGAAACAUGAGCAGAAAGAAUUUCAGCAUAAAUUGUUUGUAAAACAAUUCAUGCAUCAAUUGUAACAACAUGACGACCAAUUUUAUGGUUUUACGAGCUGUUUGCACAUAAUAUUGUUGCUCUGUCACAUUCAGUGCAACAAUAUACAUAACAAUGGUUUUACAAAUAAUUUUGCGUUAUUACGAGUUGUUUACACGUAAAAUGUAUGCUUGUUCACAUUCAAUGUAACAAUGUUUGCAAUUGUCGCAUCAUGCAAAAUAUGCACCUGCAGCCAUUAACAUAAGAAUGGUUUUAUGAACAAUUUAAUCUUGUGAACCAAUUAUUCGCAAUACUACCAAUUAUACAAACAAGCUGUUUACAUGGAAAAUUGUUGCUUUGUCACAUUCAGCGCAACAAUCUACGUAAGAAUGGUUUUGUGAAUAAUUUUGCGGUUUUACGACUUAUAUUGUUUUAAAAACCAAUUACACAUACAAUUGUCGCAUUGGCGUAUUCAGCGAUUUUGACCAUUUCUAUAAGAAUAGUGUUACAAAAGGAAAUACGUUUUCCGAUAUUCUUAACAAUCCCUUAAUGCAUCCAUUUUGUAUUGGGAAGUUGGAGUCAGUCAGUUUACGAUUUACUGCUUCCAUUGCCAAAUCUUAUAACCAUUAGCACAAACACAAAAGCACACACGCAGUAGCACAGCGUUAACACGCAGUAUUAAAACUGAUGACUCCUCACAAUUAAUCCUAUCGUAAAGUUGUUUACACCUUUUGUUCAUAAGACUGAUUUCGUAGUGGCAUGAAGAGAGUUAUAAUACGUAAUGUGAAAUGUUUCAUGAGAUGUAUUUUUGACCUUUUUUGAUUUAUUUGACGAUGUAAUAUCACUCUGUAUAGCUUUUUAUCUCAGCUCAGUUUCAUAUUACGGCUUCUGGUAUAUCGCUAGUUAAAAGUCGGUAGUUUCCAACUUGGUGUAUACUUUUGUUUGCCACACUUGAUCACAAUCAACUACACUAACUUCAGACAAACAGGGUAAGCUACAUGGCCAGCAAUUUUACACAUAAACACACAUUUGUUUGAUGUUUAAUAAAGCACAAUCUCACAUGGGUCUUUGCAGGAGUCCUUGCUGAGGCUCUCAACUCAGGGGUUUAACACACGCAUCUGAAAUCUGUUUGUUGUUACUUUUGUUUCUUUCUAUCUCUUAAGUGCUAUUUAACAAUUGUAUUUUAAAGAAGAAAAAAAAAGAUGUGUAGUUUCUUUGCAUUUUGGCUUAUUAUGUCAAGUUUUUUGGAAAAAAUGUAUGUGUUUUAUCUAACGUGCUGUAACAAAAGCUUGUUGUCUGUAGAUUAAUAUCAUUUUGUUUGAUUCUAAAAAGAUUUAAAUAGUUUUAAGUAUUGUCUUGAGAAAAGCCAAAGUCAAUGCAUUUCAGUGGAUUAUGUAAGCGUGAUACAUGUUUGUUUGACAACACUUUGAAAAUCUGUCAUUGGAUGGGAAUUUAAAAAGUACAAAAAAGCAGGCUUUCCUAUUUCUAUCACUGAUUGUACUUAUGCCUUUUGUACCAGUGGAACUUUUUAUACUGGCAAUUAAAGGAGGAAAAAAAAAAAACUAUGACAGGCUGCGUGGCCCCAGCCAGGGGCCUGCGGCGACUGGUUCCCGAGUUUGAUUUCUAGUUGGCGUCCAGAACGUUGGGUUUUGAUAUAUAAAGAUUUUUUAGGAGAAAACUUUGGCUUGGUAUCUUUAGCCUCUUCUUCUUUACUCUUCUUCUUCACAUCAGUAUUUGCUUUUCUUUUCAUUCGCUUUCUCGGAAAGAGGGUUGGGGAGUUUUCCUUUUAGCUUAUAAAUACGUAAUGCGGUUUGUCUUUACCAAGAGUCUUUACAACAGCGGUAAGUUUCAUUUAGUUGAGUAUUGUGCAGUCAUCAUAAGACAAUUAGACGAUUUAGAAGUAUUUAGUCACCUUCAGUGGAUAAAUGUAUUAGUUUGACAACAAGAUAAAAGUAAUUUGAGGACUUUUCUUUUAGCUGUUUAGAUUUUUCUGGUUUCUCUGUCUUUGCUGUUAACCUAACUGUGUAGCUGGAUCAGUCAGACUUAUUUUUGUAAAUGUAUGUUCUUGUGUGAUGCAGUUUUUUGCCUCUGUCUCCGAUAUUAAACCAUUUUUCCUAA